AUGUUCAUAUUUUGGGGGACAUUUGGUGCUCCGGUACCAGUUGAUUUGACUGAUGGUUCUGAACAUUGGGCUACAGACGAUGCUUAUGUGAAGGUCAAUUACGAUACUACCAGUUUCACAUCUCAUGAUGAUAAUACUAUGAUCUGUGAAUCAUCAGGCAGGCAGACAUGCAUGGAUGAUCUGCCUGAAGAACUUUUCAUCGAAGUUCUUUUACGACUACCGGUGAAAUCUCUCCUCCGUUUCAAAGUAGUAUGCAAGGCAUGGAGAUCUCACAUCUUGAACCGAAAAUUCGUAGAACGGCAUAACGUGCGCACCACGGCAAACCCUGGCAAUGACUAUUUUAUCGCACACAAUUCUUGUUCGGAUUAUAAUAAAUUUUGUGCUAUUAGUAGAAAUUCUCUGCAUAAGCCUAUUGGUUUAAAUCUGCCUAUAGCUGCUUCUGUUAGCGGUGACGAAUGUAGCGUUGUUGGAUCAUGCAAUGGCUUGAUUUGCCUUGAUUACAAACGAGGCAUUCGAAGGCACACAACAAGUCGAAAUCGGACAACUAAUGUGUAUCUUUGGAAUCCGGCUACUGGAAAAGUGAAGGACCUACGUAGAUACAGCAUUGAUAUUUCUGCGUGUUACGAUGAUUUUUGUGUUUCUUUAGGGUUUGGUUUUGAACUUGCUAGCCGUGACUACAAGGUUUUGAGGAUUGUAAGAAAUAAGAAGUCCUCUGUAACUCGAGUCGAGGUGUACUCGUUGAAAAAGAAUUCCUGGAAGGAAAUCGCGGUGGAGUUAAAGUAUAGACUGUGGACAUUUGUUUAUCCAGCGUUUGUGAAGGGAUCGCUUUAUUGGGAUUUAAAUGAGCGGAAUUUGCUUUUGUUUGAUGUGCAAAAUGAGGAAUUUUGCACAAUUUUAUUACCUCCAGAUUCUUGGUGCGGCGUGCGUGAAGUUUUUGAGUUAAAGGAAUCUGUUGCAUUUGCUAAUCUUUUUGAUCUUCGCAGCAAAGACAUCGCCAUAUGGACACUAGACGAAAACAGUUGUUGGAUUCAGAAGUGGAGUAUCAGAAAACCAUUCGACAGAGGAAGUUCAAUAGUCGGAUAUCUGAAGACAGGUGAAUACGUUGGACGCAAUAGGUAUGAUGAUUUAGUCUUGUAUGACUUCGCGAGUGAAGCAAUAAAACCCAUUGAACCUAAAAUGCACACACUUGGAGUAUACAAUUAUAGUGAGAGUCUUGUAUUUCUGAAUUAA